AUGUACCGCACUCUCUCCUCCUCCUCCUCCUCCUCCUCCUCCUUCCCCUCCUCCACCACCACCACCACCGCCACCACCACCACCACCACCACCGCCACCACCACCACCACCACCGCCACCUGGGUUUGGUGUCAAGACAUAGUCAAGAAGACCGCAGACGGGAGAGAGUACAGGCGAUUGGCACGACUGGACCUGCACCUAGGCGUAACACCACACUCCCUGGUGCACAAAAAACACUCGAUCAGAAUUUUAACCAAAAACAUCAAACGGUCAAAAAAGGGGGAAAAGGAGGAGUGUACAAACAUGCACACGACCCGUACCCACAGCAGGAAUGCAAACGCAUUUACCGACAGGGAACCGGGCACCAGAGGGCUGCCAGUGCACACUAGGCUGCAAGAGCCACGGUUUGCUGAAUAAUGGAAUAGCAGAAGCUUACAAAUCUUGAGACCCAGAAGUGUGAUACAGCCCUGCACUGAGUCUAGGCUGACGCCCUUCAGGGGCAGAGUGGAUGAGAUCAUAUACUGACUGCAUCACGACAUGAAACACAACCGUUCUACUGCGCCCUGAAGCCCUGCAUAGGGUCGUUCACAGGAAGUUUUACAGUGAACAUUGACAGCGCCAAGUAAUAAAAUACCCGUGAUGACAAUAAAAAACGUAAGUGAUUUCAGCAGAAAGUAGAAUAAUUAAAUAGAAGACACAAUUUGCAAGCUCUAAGUAAAAGCAUGAAAAAUGGUAAUUUCCUCUAAUUCUUACCCAGUUAUAUUUUUAAAAGGAAGCAUAAAAAUAAUUUUUCUUUUAAACUUCUCAUUUGUGAUGUCUUAACCAAUCCGGACAGAAAUGCACCAGACACUGUUCAGUGAGAUUGAAAAAUUGUGUCGCAAAGUCUUAGCGGUUAUCUGAAGCAUUUCAGCAAACAUUUGUUAGAAACAACUCUACACCGAAGUGGAAACCAGCCAAAGAUGCUGCGCACAGACGAUUUUGUGCAGUCAAAAGUAAUUCCAUUGUGUAGACGAGGCAUCUAUGGUAUAAUGUGCCUAAGGGGUUCAGCCCUACUCAGCCGUCGCAGCCGAAAGUACCUGGUCCUAGCAGGACGGUAUAAGCAUUUUUCCGACAACUGUCCUGUGUGUUUAGGGGAAGAACACAAAUUCAAAUAUAAAACCAGGAAAACAGCUGUUUAAAUUUCGAUUUAUGAGAUAUUUUAAAGCCUGCGUAAUAAAAAUAAAGUUUCAAUCUCUAAAUUUAAAAUUAUCCAGGAUUCCAAGUUGAUAAGUGAUUUUAUACUGUUUUGCAAUAAGUGUGCUUUUAAACUAUUAUUGGCAAAAAAAACAGGCAUCAACACUAGACGCAAUACUGGACAUUCCCGAAUUCGCAAUUUUAAGCCACACCCCAAAUGUGUGUACAUAUAAUUACACACAAUGUCAGUGGCCAUGACGCAACCGACCUCGUAACAGUUCGCCCAGAAGAUUCGAAUCACUAACUCGAACGCGCCGCGACGCAGAAAGCUACACCUCUUUUCAGUUUACCAGUUUUUUCAGAUGACAUUUAAAUGCUUAUCUGCACAGAUUUACACAAUAGACAGUUAUCUUUGCUUACAGAUCGAACUGACUUCAAAAUAUUGACUCGUCUCUUCUCGGUCAAUAAUUAGUCGAUUAGAUCAAUUUUAUCGAAAAUAAACAUCCUCUAAAUGUUCAAAACUCCUUUAUUAAAGUCUUUUUUCUGUGUCGACUUCUUAAGAUAUGGACGGUUUCUAUACGAUUAAAGCGGGACAUAAAACCACCCUCCCUAUUUCGGAUUUAUUUAGGCACUGUUUUUUGUGACCGUUCCGUAGGCGUAGUUUGACUACGGAAGAAUGCGUAAGCAGAUUUUUGAGCUUCAAAGGAGCCUUGUGAUUCAUUGAAAAUAUUAGUAAAAGCUGGGUGAUAAAAGUUCCUCGAUCGCACUCAAUAUCUAAAUAUAGUUUUGAAGUAAUGGGCAAUUUCCUCACAUCUUUUAGGAAACCCCAGUUUUUGCUGAUUUUUAACGCUGCAUACAUAGUACCCCCCCAUUUAAAUCGUCAAAUGUCCGACAUUUAUAUGUUUAUGUAGUCCGGUCUCCUUUAUUGACGAUUUUGUCAAAAGACUUUUAUUGCGCCACAUCUCAUUGCAAUAAAAACCGAACAAGAACAAUGCUCUGGAUUGAAACAUAUAAAAUAAAAGUAACGGAGCUUCUACAUAGCUCAAUAAUGUGCGCGGUUUUCUUGGUUUUGGAAAAUAUGCGGACAUUUUAAGACGUGAAAUUGUCCAUGUGUACAGUAGGUGAGCUUUCGCAUAAAAUGUCAACCGAAAUUCCGGUUGUCGCAUGAACUUCUUUCCGGUUUCAUGCAAAGACAGUACUCUGUAGAAAAUGGCUAAUUAUGUGACAUGCAUUUUUCUCAUCGAUUUUCGAUGACCUUAAUAAUCAAUUAUAUUUCAUGGCCAACGGGCAUUUAAAUGUUUACAACAUUGUUGAUUUAGCAGAAAAUAACGUCGUUUUCCAAUUGUAUACCCAAAAGAAGAGUAUAAUUCGGUUUCAGAAAAGGUUUUAAUUGUGGGACUUUUUUAUAUCAUGAAAUGGCCGUUCAUGGAAUUUCAUGUCUCUGUAUUUACCAGCAUGACUUGUAAAGUUAACAAUACGGCUCAAAUCCACUGCUUAACCCCAUAUGAUCUCCUCUUGAUAACCUAGAAAAAUGUAUGGUUUUCCGUACGCGGAAAAUAUAAGGCUGUAGUUUGGAAACCGUGAAAGCAAGUGUAACUGCAGGUCGGAUUAAAAAUUAUUAGGGAAUUAGAGAAGUUUUAGGAACGCAAAUUAUACCCUUUUGUCGAGUAUAGAUUUAAAAAUAGAUAUAAUUUUCUACCGAAAGAAAAAAACAACGGAUAUUUUUAUGCGUGUUUUCCAUGAAAUAUAAUUGAAUUUUCAUGGGCAUUUAAAAUCAAUGAGAAAAAUUCAUACUAAUCAAGGGGUCAUUUUUUACAGAAUAUAGUUUUUGCGUGCAGCCGAAAUGAAGUCCUUCCGAAAUCCGACAUCCUGUGAUAACCGAAGUUUUAUAGAAUUACGCUGCAUGACGAUUAGUUGUUCAACCUAUCUUAAGUAAUCUUCUCGAAACAAAAUACAUUGUGGAAUUUCGGUUGGUCUUUCAUGGGUUAGCCCACCUAAUGUGGCAUGUAACGGCAAAUUAUACACUUAUAUUGGGGCUUGGAUCUAAAACGAUUUGCGAACUUUUCCAAAGAAGGGACAUCCCAAGUACACGCUGCAGACAUUUCGAUAGUUGAUGCUAUAACUCCCACUUAGCUGAAUAUUUCUUAUUAUGCAGUUCCUUUAGACCACCGAUUCCCUCCUCAUGAAUGCAUAAAACCCAAACGGUGCCCGAUGAUUGCGGAUGUGUAUUAGGCAAAGGCCAUGAAAAAUGAAACUAAAGCUGUUUUAAACGAGCCUCUGGUCAUCCGUCUGCAUUCUGAACAUUUAUAAGGCGUUGAAUUCACACUCCUUGGUGUAAAACGCUUGGACAUAUCGUAAAGCCCAAUACCAGGUUACCUUCCCUUUCGCCUUAUUUUGUGUAGUAUAAAUUCUUACGUAUGUCCUAUCGUAAACCCAUAAUCAGGGUUUCGCAAUAUUUCACUUAGGGCGAUCCUAAGCCCAUAAUUGAUGAAUUUAUUUUAAGCCAGAGCACGUUUUUAGUUAAAGAUGAAUUUUCUUGCCGGCGCUCAAAUUAAACAACAAAUUCGCUCUGAAAGAGGCAAAAUUGGGCGGUCUAAGACUGCUUCGUAUCAAAACCUAUCGGCAAUUUUUAAUACUUAGAGUACUCGGAAACGAGAAUUAUUUGUUAAAAUUCUUUACAUAGGAUAACAUUUUGAAAUCCUGUCUAUUGGAAGGUUUUCACUUGUUCCAACGGAGUUUCUAUCGUUCAAAACAUUUUUAUAUUUUUUUGAAUUAAUGCUAUUAGGUACCGUCAACGAUUUUUUCGUAACCUCCUCUACGUUCUGAAAAUGCUUUGCUGUAUAUUUUUCUCCAUUGAUUUUAAUAGAACGUUGUAAGGUACAGGAUUGGGCAAUUAAAGAGAGCCAGCAACCGUUGACUUAUUGAUUAUUGCCAGCAACUGGUUGAUUUUAAAGAUUGUGUGAGUGGACAUGUUGUCAUGACGAAGCAGUCAGUCCCUCGAUCAACGAAUCCUAAUUGUCUUUUACUACUGCCUCUUAUAAUCGCUUCACCACCUGCAGAUGACGAUGCUGGUUCAGUUUUGUGUCAUGAGGAACUAAUCCGACAUGAACAAAUCCUUUCAUGUUGACAGAACAAACUAUAACAGAAAAGAAACUGCAUUUGAUGUCGACGCGCUGCUUCUCAAAAUUUCUCGUCGCUAGAUCGCCGAGUGCGAUGGGGGGAUUUAAUAAAACAAUCACUCUGUCCACAGUGAUGGUUUCGUAUUAACGCUACUUGGCCAAUCGACAAUGGAGAGUGUCUAGUUAACGUACCUAACGGGAAAGCGCAACACUGUGAACCUAACUGCUUAAAAAAUUUCUCAGUAUCUUUUGCGCAGAAUGGCAUCAUAUGUUAAUAAAAAUACAUCUUUUUUUCCAGGCCGCUCACAAGCUCACCCACAUGCAAUUGAAUGGCAAGUUAUUGUUUUGAUUUUUAAAUUCACACUUUGACAUUUUAAUGAACAUUUUACAAGUUUUCAAGCUUCUAGUUUCCAGCUUCUAUGCAAUUGACUUCAAAUGCCUCAUGGUGUGGUUUUUCAUUUAAUAUUUUAUUUUAUAACGGUAUAUGCGAAAAUAAACAGUAAGUUCUUAUUGGUUUAUGGAACUUCAUACCAAUACAUCAGUUGUCAUGUGUAACCAACGAAAAGCGUCAUGUCAUGAUUUUUUAUAUUAGGAAAGAUUAUGUUAAUAUUUUAGCAGACGCCAUUUUAGAGCCUAGAAUUCAUAUCACUGUGAAUAGUUAAAAAGCUCAUGAUGAUAGAAACGCCUCAAAAUAUGGUUUCUCUUAAUAUGAUCUUACUUUGGAGGACGCUUCCGCUAUUUUGGAACACAAUCUUCAGUAUUUUUCAGAACACAUGCGUUUUUGAAAUUUGUUUAGCGGCCUUCGGAUCUAUUAUUAUCAAAAAACUGGAAAAAAUCACGAAGUCCAAUAAUGCGAGCCUUUUGUUGAACUAAUCAAACACAAAAGUUUAUGUUCAACUGUGGUUUUGGUAAAAUAGACAUAGUUCUUGCUUUCAACAUAAUCACUUUUUAGUGAUCCUCAUUACUGCGCACUAACUCAACUAACGACUUCAUCUUGCAUUUUGAGAAACUUCAUGCUGUUUCACACGAAUGUGAUUUGGCACUCCGCCAAGAGCUUUACUGAGGCCUGCUUCUUAGUAGGCUCUUGAAGACGUCAACCAUACUCUGCCUAAUUUCUGCAACCUAUGUCUUGACUCAUAAUUCAUUAUUAAGCAGUAUCAGUAGUGUAUAACUUUUGGUGUCUUCGGAUUUGAAAGGACCCGCCUCAUAAACAGCUGUUUGCACUCGCUUUACGCGAAAAGGAUCAAAGCAGAAACAAUCGGACGAAUCUCUCAAUAAUGUGAAUUAUGAGGGUGGAAUGGAUGAGCCUCCAACAUUCAUUCCCAAGUUUCUUGUACUUGUUUGAUCUCUCCUGUUCUGGAAAUAUGAGUAGACGUUGUCAGUAUUUUGAAAGACCAUAAAAAUUCCUUGUGUUAAUUUGGAAUGAAAAUUUUCGCACCUCUUCCGAUGUGAAACACGCCGGUGAUGUUUUACGCUCAAGUACUAAUAUAAGACCGCCGAUGGUAGUGCAACAACCACGGGGAAUACUAACUGACACGCAGAAUACUCAGUGGGCUGAGACUGCUCUUUCGAUCCCAGGUUAUCUGAGCAUUCUUCCGAGUGUCGAUUACUGAGAUGCCAAUAAUGGUUGUCUCAGUUGGCAAGUUUAUCUACAACCGGCAGUAUCAAUGCGACAUUUUCAGUGACGCACAUCGCUGAUAAGGAAAACCAGGGAAUUUGGACUAAAAUUCGAAAGCCCAUUGCAACAAGGCAAGAGGUAUGAAUUUUCCAAAUAUUCAAUCCAAGUAAAUAUACAUGCAGAUGGUGAUAUUUUGAUAAGCUUGGUUCCUACUAAUUUCGUCGAACAAGAAUGUGAACGCAAAGGCAUACGAAAUAAAAGUGCAAAACCUUUGGUUAACCUGUGUCGUUCGUUUUUUUCACUCGAAUUUCAUCGAUAAGCAGGUAUUUUGCUCAAACCAAAUCGUUUUGUUCUUUAAACGUCUUGCGACCGUAUUUACUGAGUUUCUUACAAAAUGCAUAAAAUACCGCAUUCCUCUUGCCGUUUUUGUAAACACAGCUUUUCGAGGAAAUACGAAGGAAUAUUUUUUAACGAACCAGGUCAUCCCGAGUAAAAAAACGCAGAUUUGAGAAGCAUGCAUGUGCGUACGUUUUGUUUAAAGAAGUUUCACAAUUCACCAUUUCAACCCACCUUACAGUCAGAAUAUUUCGAUGUUCAUGAUACUAGGUGGUUUGAAGCCUUUUUUUCGGAUUAAAACUAUAUAUCAGAGAAAUGAACCUGAAAAAUAAUUAUGCCUUAUCAUUUGCGAUCAGAACACUACACGGUGUCUCUUAGAUGCAUGCAUUCACAAGGCGCAAACGGACGGUAAAAUGAGACUUUUUAGUUCCGUUUGAUUUAAGUAGUCGAGGGUAUCGGUGGUACUAAAACCUUCAUUCAUGAGGCUCCACUCUACGGUAGUUAGCCAUUUUCAAUCACCCAAACCCACAGUUUCGUCCGGUUAAACUUUGCAGUCGGCCCUUCUUAUGUUAACUCCCAACUUCAUGAACAUUUAGGCGAUGCAAUUAUUCGUGCAUAGGUUUCUUUUGACUUUAUUUUAUUGCCUUACAAAGACGAUUCAUAUGACUGUCUCCGUUGAAUGAACGCCACUCAAACUAUCACUGUCUGACCAUAUCCGCAACGGCAUGUCGCCAAGGUCGUUAUUUAUCUUAAACAAAGUGAAACUGGAACAAUAUCUAAAUGGCAUCCAAGAAAGUCCCGUGAGAGGCCGCCAAGCACCUGCGGAAUGACUUUAAGCACAAAGUUGGGUGCGCAGACCAAACGAAGCUUAUGACUUUGUGUCGGGCGCUCGGUUUGAAGAUGCAAGCGCUCACCUUCUACCGGCCUUUUGGGGAAACGCCCAAGCAGUUGGUGUGCGCGGGAUUACGAAAGGAGGGAUGAGGCGACCCAUUCACCUCGGUUUUCGUCUUCGAGGCUAACGCGGCCAGGAUGCAAAAAACGCAGUGUUGCCGUCCGACCUUCUUAUUUUUUCUCAAUCAAACACUCCUUGGACGCUUUGAAAAAGCUCUAAUUCUUGCAUUAACACCUAGAGAAGUGUCGCUGAGCUUGCAUUUUUUUCUUGAAAAAUGCCACUGAGAAACCAAGGAAAUGACUACUAGCAGAAAAAAUGUGCGGCUUUUGAUGGUUGGGCAAUUUUGCAUUGUCAUAUGCACAUAAAAUCACUCCACUUAUGGGGACUGUUGUUAUUAAUACUCAUUAAUCUAUACAAAGAAAAAAAUCCCGCAUCUCAGAACCAAUGACCAUGACAAUUCAAGUAUUUUCUAUUCACGGUGAAAAUGAUCGUUUUCCUCUUUGACGCACUCGCUGCAGAUGAGGCGUUAGUUGCUCGGCCACCUCUCACUGCAUCAUUGAUGACUGUAUCACACCCCUACCUUGUACGGCUUAAGCAGCCAUAAAAGGGGAAUCACCUUGUCAUCGAACUACCAGAACAACGAGUGAAUUCAGAUUUGGUACUCUUGUAUACUACCUCGAUACGGAAUGAGACAAGGGGAUUGAAAUACAGAACUUGUUUUCCGUUUGAAGAUUAUCUAGGCAGAUAUCCUGAUUUUUCAUCUCACUUGCGAAGUUUAAGUGACACUUUUAAAUACUACCCUCUUCUCCAGUAAGAAUCUUGUUAUUAUCUGGAGUGAGUACUAUUUAUUUCUAACGACUAACUCCUCGGAGCAUUUACCCAUAUCCUUCAAACCUCCGUGAGUAUCCUUUAACAGUCAGACAAGAAACAAGGAAAUACUUCUUAAUUGGUUGAUACGGCAGAAUAUUUUUGGCAACUGGAGUUUAAUCUGAUGUCGUCCUCAUUGUUUUAUGCGCCGAAACACCUAUGAUACCAACCUAAGGAAAAAUAACAUUUUACGGUUGAAACACUCCUCUUCAAGUUUUCUGCGAGAACAUUUACCACAUAAUUACCACAUACUAUUCUGGUCAGAUGUCAUUCGGUGAAUACAAUGUUAUGACUAAUUAAUGCUUUUUGAACAUUCGAAAAAAGUUAUCCACCAUUUACAAAUCUUCAAUAAUCUUGGUAAACUGCCAUAAUCUAGGGGAAAGGACCGCACAUUUUACCCGGUUAGGGCCUUGAGAACAGUAGUGCUGUAAAUUAAGCAUAUUCUUAAAGGCAGAAUACUAUAAUCUACAUAGAAAAUGGAUGCUAGAAUGACCCUUUCUGGUCUGUUAGCGAUCAUCGACCAACCAUACCCGGGGUUCCAUACCUCAUGAUUGGGCAUGGAUGGCUGGCGACGGUUAGGUAUCCAGAAACGGCCAUUCCAGUCUCCCUUGUCUUUGUCGGUAACGUCAUUCUGCCACAUUAUGCACCGCUAUGCGGCUACAGGUGAGGUUCGAGAGGGAGAGCCCUAAGGCACAAUAAAACGACUGAGCUCCGUAACGCGAUCUUGCGAGUCUUUCUGUUAUUGUUUUAAAAUAAAUAUUAAAUGUAAGUUCGUUGCUUUUCGGUUUGCGAAAAAUGGAUUAAAAUUACUGCUGUCAAAUAAACGUGAAAAGAUGCCGUGUCUGGGUAAAAGUGCUUCAGAUUAGAAUUUUGAGUGACUUUUCUAGACACCAGAAACCCCCUCUGUGUGCUAAGAUAAACGAAAUUUCAAAAUGGCAGGGCUUCGAACACAUGGCCGUUUAUUAUCCAGUGAAACAGUGUACUUUGACUUUAAAAUAUUUCGACGCGAGGAAAACGGAAAUAACUGUAUUAAUGUUAGAUGGGCACUCACGUAUCGCGCUACGGAACUCACUCGUACUGUUCUGUCUUUGGGCUCUCACUCUCCCUCGAGCUCCGCCAACGGUACACAGGCAAAAUAGCAUUACCGACAAAGACAAGGGAGCUAGUCAUGCCCAACUCUGAGAUGUGAAACACCCAGGGCUCGAUGCGUCGAACUGCUGGUUAGAAGUCCAACGCCCCCUAGACACUGAGCCACGGGGCUUGUUGUCCUAUCGGUUACAAUCGGGCACAUGCAAUGGUUGAUGGAGGCUAAGCAAUCGCGCCGACAGAACAAGGACCCCGUGGCUCAGUAGCUAAGUGUGUUGGACUUCCAACUGACAGAUCGCGGGAUCGAGCUCCAGGUGUUCCGCACCGCAGGGUUGGACAUGGUUGGCCAGUAAGACAGAAAUGACCAUUCCCGUCUCCCUUUUCUUUGUCGGUAAUGCUAACCAAAGUUUUUUUAAUUCUCUGGUUUGCAGCUUGGCACAAAUACAGAGGAAGUCAGCCAAAGGCCUCACGGUUGUGCCAAACCCGACGCUGGCUGCGCGCCAUUAUCAGUGCUGUCAAGAACUUUUGGCCGUGAUUACUCGUCAGGAGAUUAAGUGCAUGUAGACUCAUUCGAAAGACAUCAGGAAACAGGAAAAAAUAUCUCAGUGCAAAUACAUUUUGUCGACCCAUAGGUCAAGUCUAGGAACAAAUCGUCCUGUCGCUGUGCUGUCGAGUAUUUUAGUUGCGGACUGUCUUUCGUUGCGCUAAUACGCGCAAUUAUACUCUUUAGGCAGAGAAGAAUUUAUUUUUUUCUUAACUUUUUUUAGAAUUACGAGAAAUUUUCAACUGCUUUGAUGCGGAUGGUAAUGGAAGCAUCAGCAAAGAGGAAUUUACCAAAAUCCUCAAUCUGGCGUGUCAGAAUUAUUCGCCUGUCCAGAUGAAACUCAUAAUGAGCAAGGUGGAUAUAAACGGUAAUUUUUUGACUCUUUUAAAUCUUUGCAUUAUUCAAAUCAAUAUUUCAUACAGCGUUGGUACACCAUCACAUUUUUUUCCAGCAAACCAGAAAUUUGGACAUUUUGUGGAUCUCGCAAGAUGUUGCUUUUAUUGAACUAAGAAAUAAAAUCUAGGUUUUAUUAUUAUUAACGGAACGUUUUAGUUUAAACGUCGGCAUAGUUUAAUUUGCAACAAACAAGGAAAUAUUUAUGAAUACGCGCAGACGCGAUGCAUAUAUUGCGGAGGCGCUUUAAGUUCUUAUCUAUUCAGAGUGGGCAGGAAGCUUGCUGUUCUGAGCGAAAACAUCCUAUUAUUCCACAAAUUACAAUGUAAAAUACUUUAACUCUGCAAUUUACUAAUGGCACUUCGUUUCUGGUUUCUUAUUUGUUGAACCAGCAAUUUAUUGCACAAAAGGCUUAUUAGACUGUGCGAAAUGAACAUUCCUUCGGGUUGUUAUAGGCUCAUUUUGUCAGUCGAGAAGAAUGACGCAUCGAUAUGUGUACAACUAACCAGACUAGGAGUCUAUAAUAUAAUCUUGCCAGGUGGCAGUUCGGCAGUCUCAGGGAAUGAAAAGAAACAUUAACUGAAAUUCUGAGAGACGUUCUCGCUUUGGAAAGAUUACUUAAGUGAGACUGUAAUAUUGAGUAGCUUGCGACGUAGUCACGUGAUGCUUCAGACACGCCAGGGUGUUGGCUUUUGAAUGCAAGUCUUCUCGACUGCCCGGAGAAGCCGUACUCAGUGAUUAAUUGCUACUCAAGUACGAUAAAUGUUUCACGUUGGUUUCUUAUUUCCUCAGGAAUUCAACUAGCCGUUACUGAGACCUGCACAAAAUACGCUUUCUUUUACUUAGUAGGUAGCAAACUCAUUGACUUCAUAUUCUGUAUUCGAAGACGCGAUAUGUUAAUGCUUUGAAAAAGUUUUCAUUUUCCGAAUAGAUUUGAGUCAGUUUAGCCGUCACAUUAGCGUUAAGCGUUUCCAGUCCACAAGAUAUACACUCGCUGCGUAAGAAAAGUCAUGUAUUCCUCUUUGCUUUUAAGAAGAUACCAGGUGGAGCUAAUAAAGUUUUGCAAUAAAUGCGAUCUAUGUUUUAUACCUCAUGGCAGACAUUAAUAAACCGACAAUUACGAUGCUGUAUUAGUUUACACUGCACGGUCUUAAAAAAUAUCCUUCUUCGAGUAUAUGAUAUGAGAAAAUUGUAAUCUGCUGCCAAAUAAGCAUGAGAUAAAUGUUUUUAUAUGUGGUUUUCAAAAAAUAUGUUUGAAUUUAUAAAGGCAUAUGAAAUGAGUAUGAAAAUGCAUGCUACAUAAGCAACCGUUUUUACCGAGUGCCAGUUUUACAGAAGACCAAACAAUAAAUUCAAGUGCCAACACCCCAACUCGUCCGAAAUAUUAUAGGAUUAUGCUGCAUUAUAAUCAGUACUAUAACUCCAUUCAAGAAGUCUUUCCUACUUGAAAACACAUUUCCGAAUUUUGGCUAACAUUUCGCGAGAUCCGUCACUGACUGUACUUGUUCCCUAAGCUCAGUGAGUGACCGAUCUAAUGAAAUGUUAGCUGCAAUUCUGAAACGCGUUUUCGAUUAGGAAAGAUUACUUGGUCGCGGUUGUGAUACUGAUUAUCUUGAAACAAUAUUAUAACAUUUCGAACUCGCAGGACGUCAGCUUUUAAACACACUGUCUUUCAAUUCCCUGUAGAAACCGUACACGGAAAACAUUCCUACUUAUUUAGCAAGCAUUUUUCCCAUUCGUUUUUCGAUUAUCUUUAAAUUUCAAAUAUAUCUUAUAGAAACCAUAAAAAAGAUGUGCUUUAUUUCAGCCAACUAAUAGGGAAUUUCUUCUUUAUAUUUUAUACUCAAAGAAGGGGUAUAAUUAGGUUUUAAAAAGGUUUUCUAAAUGACGACUGAUUUGGAGUCUAAUCAUUCACUGCAUUAUCGCUUAUUUAUUUCAGUCUACAAGAUGCAUGCGUUCCGCGUAAAGAAAAUCACAUAUUUUUCUAUGCCAUAAAAAAGAUAUCAUACAGAGUCCAUAAAAUUUAGUAAUGAAUACGGACUAUGUUGGGCAUUUCAUAAGGGGCUUUGGUAAACGACCAGGUGCGACGCUAUGUGAAUAGACAUUGCGCGGUCUUAAAAAAUCUCAUAAUUAGAAACUUUUUGAAACCUUAUUAUACUCCUUCUUUGAGUAUAAGAUAAAGAGGAGACAUGAUUCUCUAUAAAUUGACUGAAAGGAAACAUAUUUUUGUCCGUGAUUUCUAUAAGACAUAUCUAAAUUUGCAGAACCAUCGAAAAUCAAUGGAAAAAAUGAAUAUUACAAAGGAGUCAUUUUUCCGAGUGUGGUUUCUACAGGAUAUUGAAAGACAGUGUAUUCAAAAGUUGACAUCCUGUCGAGUUCGAUAUGUUAUAACAUUGUGCCUCAAGAUAAUCAGUGUCGCAACCGCGACCAAGUAUUCCUUCCUAAUCGAAAAGCAUUUCAGAAUUUCAGCCAACAUUUCAUGAUAUCGGCCACUCGCUGUAGUUUGAUGUGCUAGGGGAACCAAAAAGUAGUGUCGUUUUCUUAGAAAAUAGUUAGAAAAGUGCUUACCGGAAAACUUUCCAUUUUUUGUUAAAGUAUAAAAUUGCCAUCGUUAUCAAUCACUGUUGCACAUCCUGAAUCUAUGUCUCCGGUCCCUUCUUUUAUAUGAAAGUGUGUUUUGAUGCAAAGAAUUCUAAGCCAAAACUGUAAAAUCCUUCGUGUUUCCAAAGGUUUUAUGUUCGGGAAGUGCUUUCGAGUUCUGAUAAUAAGUUUGCUCACGGGUAGUAGAAUAGUGUUGAAGGGGAAAAGUUCUCAAAACAAGUUUCGAGUCUCGUUCCUGGUUUUGCCUCUUAUUGUCGUGCAGCAGAAUGACGAGUUUUGUAUUGAUUAACAUUGACUGUUCACUGGCAAAAUCACGGUUCACCUGUUCUAAUUUUUGACGAUAGAGGCCUACAGUUAUGGUCUGACCGUGUCCCAGUAGUCCAAAGUUAAGUGUUCAUACUACACUCCGCACAGGGGUAUGGGUCCUAUUUCAGUGUCGAAACUGACUCCUGGUCUGUGGAAAGUCACCGGUGUUUAUACUUAUUGUUAACAUAAAGCAUCCAUUUCUCGUCUCCAGUGACAAUCCAGUUAAAUGAUUUUCUUUCCUGUCUGCUUGGCAAAAGCCUUCAGACUGUAGAAUGCGGGUUUUGAUUUUCACCAAAAGCUGGGGUGGAACCCAAACAGUGAGGGUUGGUUUGAGCCGCGUCACAAGGGAAGAGGAGGGAGGAACGGGGACGCGGAGACAUUCAUGCAGUUAAUCGAUCCUUGGCCACUGUAGACGCAGAACUGCAGUAGGUUCUUCGGUGUGCACAGGACCGGCCUCCAUAUCCUAAUGGCAGUCACUUCUGCUGUUGCUAGUAAACGAUGAUCCAGUUGCUUCGCGGAGUUAUUUGGGACCUUGAAAAUUCCACGGAAGCAUUCGCCAGGAUCCACACGAUGCCUAGAAUCAACCAUAUGUGCGAGGAUGGAGCUGUGGGUGCCUUUUCCCCAGCCAUGUCGGUCGCAGUUCUCGUAUUCUUGUGGAUAUACACCGACUGACACGACCAAUAUAACCUGCUCCGCAGGAGCAGGUAAAUGAGUAACUGCCAACGACGGUGGUCUGAGCUGGUAGCCCAUCCUUGCCCUUCUGCUUAAGACGGGGUUGGCCGAGAACAACAUCUUAAAGCUUGCUGUCGGGAAGGUUCGUGAAACAGCUGGGUCAAGGCGUCUUCUCAGGAGUUCCGUCGCCGCAUUCCCUUGAAACGGGAUUUUAAAAACAGAGUUUUUUUCUUCAGUCGUCGAAGUGACGAGAUUUGCGGGUCGAUCGGUAAGAUCUCUAAAAUAAAUCUGUUAGGAUACCCGUUCUCCCUAAUAAGGUCCUUGAUUCUUUUAAGUUCUUCAUCAAUACUAUCUGUCGAACAGAUUUGUCUAGUCUCUCGCGCCAACGAUCGGAAAAGAUUACGUUUCUGUUGGAGGAACAUGAAACUGCAGAAGGUUGUAUGUUGUCCUGACCAGGUGUUUUUUCGACUGACGCUUCCUGUUCAAUCACACUACUUUCCAGUGUAUUUAAUGCCAUCUCCUCGAGCUACUGCACCUAAGACAUUGGCCUACAUCAUAAAACCGACUUGGAUCUGCGCCAAAAACUCUGCGUGGCCGGUUAUAAGUGAAAGCAUGAGAGCAACUUGUAACCUCAGUGUCAUCCUUAAAUGUGAUGUCGAAAUGCACUUUCUUAGUGCAAGCUGAAGAAAGUGCCCACUUGAAGCCUGGAAUACCACUCAACAAUUUGGACUUUUCUUAGAUUCUGUCAGAAUGGGAAUCCAAAUGUGGCAUUAUAGCAAAAACCUUCUGCCUAAAUAAUUAAUAAUCCGUUAGCGGAAAUGAAGCGUUAACUGUUAACUUAAUAUCGGCUUCCUAUGCACUAAUUUCCUUAGGCGAUGGCCAGAUUGGAUUUGACGAAUUCGUUGAGGCCUUCAGCCCUGAACAUCUAACUUCUCCUCCGGACGCAUCAACCCUCAGACAGACCUUUGAUGUUUUUGACAGGGUCAGUUCUUAUUUUUUUUUCUUAUUUUUAAAGCAAUGCAACAUGAAAAUAGUAUUUUCAGAAAGUUUAUGGUUGCUUAUGUCAGUAAAAAAACAAAACACUUCGGUUCAUAUUUGCCUUAAAGUUGAGUCUCUUGUUCUGUUUCUCCGUUAACCCUUCAGUUGAACAGCCACAACCGAUUUUAUAUGCGACACCUGGGAUCAUCAAAUGAGGUACUAAACGUCGAGUAUGCUUUCAAUCGCAGACGUGUUCGUUAGCCUGUUAGGACGCAAGAGUCCAGUUUCGGCACCAUUUGAGAAAACCAUGAUCCUUGAUGACAUAUCUACGUAUAUCAAUGAUCAUUGUUAAAAAAUCAAAAUACUACUUGGCAAACAAGCGUAAAAUUUUGACAAAUACAAGUCAGACCAGUACAUUCACAUGGAGACAUGGUAGGGUAAAAUAUAGCACUAAUUAGGGAAGUUGACUAACGUUCAUUUUAACACACAAGCCGGGUGUGGAAUAGGAGGAGGAGUUUCUGUCUACCCAAAACAGUUCGUGUAAUCUGAAAGUAGCGGGCUCUGCUGUUGCUAGCAGAUGUUGACCUAGUGAUUUGGGAUAGUUUGUGGGGACCUUAUAGAUCAUUUAUGUGUGAGAAUAGCGCUGUUUAUACUCCUAGCUUUACCUUUUCCCCAACCAAAGUUUAGUUGUUUGGCUUGUUUUAACCGCGGAAAAGCACUGUACUCUGAUUUUAGUUGGAUCUCGACAAACAGGAUUAUGCAAUCUGAACAGCAGUCAGUAGCUACCAACAUUUAGGUCCUUAUCGUUGGUCUUGGGCCUAUAUGCAUCCUCUGUCUGAAUCUUCUUCCCUUGAAUAACUGUGCCUAGAUAAGUACGAAAUCCGAAUGUCUAUCAUUUAAUCCUUCAUAGUGUACAGUAGCAGAACACAGUUGACAAGCCCACGCAAAAAGUGGCCUAUUCUCUAGAGAGGAGAAGUCUUCCUUCACACGGAUUUUUUUAGCUGGCAGCUUGCCAAGAAAGUGCUCAGAGAUUAUGAGUAGACAAGGCCCAUGCGUCCACUGUUUUACCAUAGCAAUUUAUGCUUAAUAUUCGGAAAUCAGGUAAACACCAACGUCAUCUUGUCCAGGCUUUUGGUCCACGCCCUUCUUAAAACGUUAAAAAAGCGCACUAAGACACUCAGUCACACUCAGCGUGGACUCCGACGUCUACCAAAAUAACUGCCUGCGGACUGAAACGCAAAUGUUUGCACGAAAAGUUGAAGAUAGCGCAUGCUAUAGUUGUUUCGGAUUCUGUUUGCCUGCAAAUAUACAGGACUGGCUGGACAAGGACUCCCUUUCAAAUACUGGUGAUAGUCUACUCGAAGACCAUGUUUUCUCCACGUCCACUCCAGGCCGGUCAAAAUCUCGUAGCAGUGUCAUUAAGGAAACAUGUGUAAGUUCACAGCCGGGAUAGCUGCCCAUAAAGAUGGUCUAGCCGGCUCCGUAGAAAAGCUGCAGAUCCUAGUACAUACAGACCCUGUCUGUCAAGACCUCUUGUAACUCACAUGCGUCUUUUAAAGUGAAUCGAAAAAAUCAUUUCACGGUGAGUGAGCGAUCUCAUGGAAGGUUGGCUGAAAUUCUGAAAUGCGUUUUCGAUUAGGAAGGAUUACCUAUGCGCAGUUGUAAUAUUGAUACUAUUGCCGCAUAAUCCUAUAAUAUUUCGGACUCGGCGGGAUGUCGGUGUUUGAAUGCGUUGCUUCUCAAGCUCCUAUGGAAACCGAACCUGGUAAUAAUGACUACUUAAUUAGCAGGCAUUUUUAAAACUGAUUUUCGCUGAUCUUGCAAAUUCAAAUGUAUUUUAUUGAAACCACAAACGAAAAUAUGUUUUCUUUCAGUAGUUUGAUAGAGGAUCAUGGAUCUUCAUAUCUGUUCUCGAAAAUACAUUUGAAUUUGCAAGAUCAACAAAAAUCAAUGCGAAAAAUGCAUGCUACUUAAGCAGUGAUUUUUACCAGGUAAGGUUUCCACAGGAGAUUGAAAAGCAAUGCAUUCAAACACCGACAUCCUGCUGAGUCUGAAAUAUUAUAGGAAGUUGCCGCGAUAAUAUCAAUAUACCAACCGCGUCUAAGUAAUCCUUCCUAGCCGAAAACGCAUUUUAAAAUUUCAGCCAACAUUUCAUGAGGUCGAUCACUAAUUGUAAUAUUGAAAGACACUAGCCCGUUUGUGCACAAAUGAAAAAGAACAUGCCUUGUAAGAGGCCGACUUCACCCACAUAAUGUCCGACCGUAACUUGCAAACGCAAGUAAAAAGGCGGUAGAGAAGGCAACCCUGCAAAAGCAAUUCAAAUUUUCCAUAGUUUGGGUUCCAGGAAUUUGAAAGUGCACUUUGGUCUUCUGCUAAACGCCAUUUAUACCGGAAAACGUGUGGAAAGGCGAAUAUUGAUUGCGUGUACUUUUGCGCUGGCCAUGAUGGCAUCAGCACUGUCAAGUUCAAGCUUAAACGCCUGUAAUUUGCAGUCGUCCUGGUUGGCAGCCUACCGAAAGUCUAAAAAGACCGUCCGAGGGCGUGUCAUACUUUGCAUCGACAAUAAAAGACACAGUCAUUCUGCCGUAUUCACUGUGCACAUUAAUGGUUGCGGCUUUCUCGCAGGAACAUGGGGUUGAAUAUUUAAUGUCCUGCCAAAUGACGCCCUACUAUUAUAUUUUACGGAAGACGGAAAAUACCUGUAAUUCCCUUCUAAUGUUCCCUCUGAGACUGAAUAUAUAUAUAUAUAUGUUUGCUCAAUCUGAAUCACAUAGACACUCCUUUGUACUUUAAAGAGAGCAGAAAGACCCCCGUUGAAAAGGUUGUUUUAUCUCCCUAUGCGGGUAUUGUUAAUAACGAACAGGCCUAUUAACGGCUAACAUUCUUCUGCUAAGACGUUCUCAAAUUACCGAUUUAUGCUAAUGUUUUCAACGUAUGUGAUUGUUCGCCUGGUGUGAGAUUAAAGAGUAUUUUUUAGGCAAAUUCUUGCCGGAAUAUCGAGCAUUGACACAUUCUGCAACAGGAAUUCUUCACUUAAACGAACAGCUAAUAAACGUUCUCUAGAGUUCAUAAGACUGUAGCUGAUAUCUUUAGAUUCGUCCUUGAACGAACUUGAGGGCGCGCACCGUUUUACGAAAUGACAAAGAAAAUCUUCCAAGUACAUUCGUGUACGCUAUUAUACAGACAAUCUUGACGAGAAGGUUUUCAAUCAGGUUUGUUCUCUAAAAAGGAUACUCCGGAAUAUCCUUUGGCGCAGUUUUCUUGCACAUAAUCAUUGAAAAUUAGUGGAGAGAAAAUUUCGGUUCCUAAGAAUUGCACUAGUCUACAAGUUUUCUGAAACGUGGUCCAAAGAUUCAAAUUUGACAAACUACGUGGUUUGUCUGAGACAAAUAAGGAAUUAGUUUUGAACUUACAUUAAGAAACCAGUUCGGCGCAUUUCGAACGUGUUAUGAAUUAUGGCAAAAACGCAAACAAGUAAUUUCAAAAUUCGCGCAAGUACGCAUAUUAAUUAUUGACUUAUUUGAGUAUAAAGUUGCGCAUUGAAAGUGAAAUAUUUUAUCCAUGUUUUUCCGAAAAUCCUACGUACAGUGGGUGACUGAUCCCGAGAAAUGUUGACCGAAAUUUCGAAUUGCGUUUUCGAUUUGGAAGGAUUACCUAUAUGGUGUUGUAAUAGUGAUUAUUUGUUGGUAUAAUUCUGUAAUGAUUCGGACCUGACAGGCUGUCAGCCUUUGAAUGCACUUCUCUCCGACCUAUAAAAACCGUAGUUGGUAAAAAAUAACUGCUUAGGUAGCGGGCGUUUUUCAUAUUGAUUUUCGAUGGUCUCAUAAAUUUAAAUAUAUUCUAUAGAAAACAUGUAUAACGUAUGCUUUUCUUUAUUCCUUUGAUAGAGAGUCACGCCAUUCUUCUAUUUUAUGCUUGAGGUUUUUAAACGUUUUUCCAAUUCCGGAACAAUUUUGAGCUUCGUCAAGCGUUGCAUUAGCGUAUAGCGAUCUCAGUCUACAAGGUACGUGCUUUCCGAUUAGGGAAAAUUGUAUAUUCGCCUAUGUCUUUAAAAAGAUGCCAUAUAGAGUCCAUAAACAUUUGCAAUGGAUGCAAACUAUUUUGUAAAUUUUAUAAGGAGCAUUUGUAAACGGAAAGGUACGAUGCUGUAUAAAAGGGAUGUGCAUGGUCUUAAAAAAUUUCAUAAUUAAAUAUUUUUUCAAAACGUAAUUAUACUCCUUCUUCGGGUAUAAAAUAUAAAGAUGACGUGAUGCUCUAUCAGGUGAGUAAAGAAAAGCAUAUUUUUAUACAUGUUUUCUAUAUGAUAAAUUUAAAUUUAUGAAACCCUCGAAAAUCAAGAUGAAAGAUGUACGCUAUUUAAGCUGUCAUUUUUUUACUAAGUACGGUUGUAUAAGUCGGAGAGAGGUACAUUCAAAAGUAGACGGCCUGCUAGGUCCGAAACAUUAUAGAGUUAUUCUUAAAGAUAAUCACUAUUACGACCCCAUCUAAGUAGGCUUUCCUAAUCGAAAAGGCAAUUCAAAAUUUCAUGAGAUCGGUCACUCACUGUACAGCAAGUGGGCUGGCUCAUGAAAUGUCGACCGAAAUUCCGAAAUGCGUUUUCGUUUCGAAAAGUUUGAUCAAGAUGGGUUGUGAAACUAAUAAUCCUGCAGAAUAAGUCUUUAAUAAUUCCGUUUUCUUAGGAUUCUGGCUUUCGAAGGAACUUCUUUCGAGCUGCAUGCAAAAGCAGUACUCUGUAGAAAAUGGCUACUUAUGUGCACUUUUCACAUCAACUUUCGUUGUCUUUAAAAAUUCAAUAAUAUUUCGUGACAAACGGGCAUUAAUAUAUCCAUUUUUUGAUCAUUCGUUAGAAAAUAACGUCUUUUUCCAAUGUUAUACUAGAAAGAAGGGUAUAAUUCGGUUUUAAAAAAGUUGCUGUUUGCAAGAUAUUUUAAUAUCGUGAAAUGGCUGUUCAUAAAACGUCAUGCCUCUGUAUUUACCAGUGUGGCUUGGAAAGUUAACAAUAUGGCUCAAAUACACUGCUAAAUUUUAUGAAACCCAUAUGGCCUCCUAAUACCAUAGAGAAAUAUAUGGUGUUCCGUACGCGGAAAAUAUACGGUUUGUAGUUUGGAAACUCUGAAUGCAAGUGUGACGGCAGGUCGGGUUUAGAAUAACGCGCGAAUUAGAGAAGUUUUUGCAAACCGAAUUAUACCCUUCCGUCGAGCAUAAAGUUAAAAGUAGACGUAUAUUUCUACUGAAUGAGCUAAAGAACGAAUAUUUUUAUGCGUGUUUUUCAUGAAAUAUAAUUGAAUUUUCAAGGGCGUGUAAAAUCAAUGAGAAAAAUGCAUGCUAAUUAAGUAGUCAUUUUUACAGCGUAUAGUUUUUGCAUUCGGCCGAAAUGAAGUUCGUUCGAAAUCCGACAUCCUGGAGUAACUGAAGUUUAUAAUAUUACGCUGCAUGAUGAUUAGCUUUAUCAUCAUUCUAGUAAUCUUCUCGAAACAAAACGCAUUGCGGAAUUUCGGUUGACAUUUUAUGAGUUAGUCCAUCUUCUGUAGAUUAAUACAUGCAUUGAGAAAUAAGCAAAAACCACAUGCAACUCAUGCGGCCUUGCUUACUGCGCAAAAGGGCUUUUGAACCAAUUCUUAGCAAGACCUAGAAGGCCAGAAUGUUUGAGUAAUUUGGGAUUGCUUCCUCUAUGCACAGCAGUGUAGUUGCCUCACCUAUGAAAUCUCUCCUAAUUAAAUGUCCAGACGAUCUUCAAAAGUUUCGACACACAAAGCAGGUACAUUUUACAAUAAAAUCUGAAGCAAAGAUAUCAGUUUAAAACUACUACGGUAAGGCAUUCGUAUCUACUGCUUCUAUCCUGUUUAAAUGGUUUUCUUCUUUAUCAAGGAACGUUUAAGCAUAGGGUAGGCAGAAGUAGAUGCUUUUAGAGAGAUCUUGGCCACUGCCUUUUGAAAACCCGACCGCAGGCGUACUGUGCACUGUAGCAGAGGCCAAAAUGAAAUUAAUUUACUCCACCCCUGCUGCUGCUUGCUGCUUGGCGGAACUGGCAUCAGACUGAAAGUCGAUGCGCAACUCGGGGAGUCACAUAAGAUUCCGGCAAACUGGUCAUAACGUGAAACAUGGUUGUGUCUCAGAGAGGUCCUUGACCACAGGGUAUCAAGAAGUAAAUGUGGAUGAUCAAACUACCAGAGGAAAUGCUACUUUAGCUGUUUCCUCUUGUCCUGACGCGAUAGCCGAAAUGAACGCAUUUUCACAAUCCUAAGUCAGGGAGGUGAAAUUGGCGUGACGGUUUUUAUCGUGACAUGGAAUGUGCAAGCUGCCUAGAGGUCGGUGGCAGCGGCGGCGCGGUGAUUGUUCCGUCACGUCCAAAGCCAUCUGUAGUCGUUAUCUGUCCCUAUUUGGGGCAAACGCCCCAGCCUUGACCGCCGGUGGCCAAUCAGUGAAGGUCAAUAGUCCACCAUCGUCAGGCGGUCAUCAUGCAGAGGACAUGACUCAUGCACGACUCAGGUAUUCAGCUGUCAAAGUGUGUUGUGCGAUUCAAAGACGGUCUAGAUAAGCAGACACGCGCGUGACAAUGAGCGUAGAUUGCCACAUUGUCCCCUAAACCCUCCCGCCUCCAAACGUCCCCUUAAUCUGGCCACCGAGGUUCUGUGGUAAAAAAAUCAAUAUUGCGUUUUCGAAAAACCAUUCCUUUCAGUCAAGGUGGGAGUUUAAAGCUUAAGAGGCGGAAGCCAAUCAAAAUAAAACAAAUGCUGAAGGCAUCCAAAGUAUUCAAAAGGUAACACAGACUGUUAGGUCAAUGAACUACAUCUGAGCACAAUGUCAUGAUAGGAGGUUCUCAAGGCUUUCCUGCUUUGAAAUACUGCCUAACAUCCGCAUUUCAAAUUCCCUGUUGUGCAGCGUCAUAUAUUUAACUUCGAAACGGUUAUGCCGGCCAUCACUGACACAUUACAGAUUAUAAAACACGGGGAUACGCAUCCAGUGGAGAAAUGACGGAAUCAAACCGGUUAUUUUUGUCAUUUUAUUUCAAGCUUCUCACUUAUUAACACUCUAUGCCCGUCAAUGAAACUUCGAUUUUUCUAUGUUGAACACAGUAUUCUGAUUAGGUAAAAGGUAGUUCGGAAAACAUGCACUAUGUAGGGCCAACGCUACCUGAGAAUUGUGCUGCUUAUACAGCUGAGAUGCUCCUUAUGCUUGUGCUACUUCUUAAGAGGCCUGGCGAAGUUCCUUUCACAGUCCCUAACUGAAUCCUUUUUGGCAUUUGUCUUUAAAAAAAGACCUUUACCUGAAGUUUACCCGCCAGAACCCCUAGAUAGCUUUUUUUAAAAAACGAGCCUCUAACGGUUUACACCAAACAAACAAAUAUCGUCAGUUUUUGACCCUCAGAAAUAUUUUUUAGAGUAUGCAGCGUCCAGAGUGCUGACCAAUUACGUACAUUGGAAAUUCCCAGAAUUUACAGCAUUAGACUCUGAUGCAACGGUAGAUUUCAGUUUAUGUCGGAAAAGCUGACGACUGGAGAUGUAGUGCAGCCGUUAUGUUAAUGACGAAGAUGACUGUGUUUUGGAGAUUUUAAGAACGAUUGGAGCGGUCAUCAGUAACCUAAUCAUCAUCAACAGGCGGGCAAAACCCAAUCCGAUGCUGGGCGAACUCGCAGCCCUGACACAGGUUUAAUGCUUUUGAACGUUAAAUGGAAUGGUCUAACACCUAACCCACGGCUCCUUUUCUGCUGUAUGCAAUCAGAUCUGCCCAAUUACAGCCAUGAUAGAGAUGUGUCCCUUAUGCAUGCAACCGUCCGAGAUUUCCCAUGGUUUUAAACGAUUCCACCCUCUUUUGUAUCCCCCAACUUAUGGAACCGCAAUAUACCAACCAGUAAUAGGCUGGGGUAUGUAUUUUUUUGGACAAGUGGUACCGUACUAAUCUUCAGCGUAUGGGGGUUUUUUAAAACGUCUUAUGUAUUGCGCGCUGUUUCAGGACCACGAUGGUUUCAUCACCGCCGCUGAACUGCUCGAGGUGCUGCAAGAGAUGAAUUUUCAAAUCACAUGCAAGUUCCAUCACUAAACAAAAUUGAUUUUGCAAGGGAAAGUCACGUUUCGCCAUCAUCAACCACUUAAAAUAUCACGUCUUUUUUCUGCUAGGUGGUUUAUGGUAACUGCUGUUUCUGUUGUGAGGAGCUGUUAUCACAUUUAGUACAAGGUUAAGAUAAGCUUGCAUGCGAACGUUUGGGCUAGGAACCGAAAUAUUUCGGUCACAUUUCCCUAAAUUAUUUCUCCUUAAUUUGCAAAAUUACAGUCUGCGGAAUAUUUUGAUAGUGGCUUCAGCUUUUUGAAGAUUUGUCGUUCUCAAAUUUUUUGCAGAAUCAUUUUGUUGGAAUUGGAAACUGCAAACACAUAUUUUCCGCCGUUUAUAUCAAUUAACUUUGACACGCAUUUGGAUUGAGAUAUAUGCUAAUAUGAAGAUGGGUCCCUGGUCAUGGGUACCUUAAAAAUACACAAACGGUCGUUUAAUUGCAAAACUGCCGUUAUUCUUUACUUUCGAAUAUCCGCAGUUUUCGCGGCAUUUAGGAAUUUACUGGGAAGACAGACAGGCAGAAAUUAUUGCUUAUAGUGGAGUGCAGACAGCUGAAGUUAGGGGUGGUUUAUCCGGAUGUAGAACUGAUUUACCAAAAGACAGUCAUCGCGAUCUUCUGACCACAUUUGUAAGGCAAUAGUUAACCAGACGUCGGACCCCAACUGGUGUGACACUAGCUGCCUGUGGCCUGGAACUUUAGUAACAGGAGGUAGCGCUAUGGUUCAGUGUAUUCAAGCAGAUAAUUCAUAGCCAAUAGAAGCGAAGAGACGAGUCCCAGGAAGCAGUCUUCAAGAAGUAGACACGAUCGCUGGGACAAGAGCUCAAAUAACCUGACUGUUCGGACACCUCCUCGAACCCAUCAUCAGAGACAGAAGCAGAUAUGGGUGGCUCGUGCUCAAGGGGCUGCAGUAUUUAUAGGAUGCAGUCGUCAUGCCACCGUGACUCCCUGAUGAUUGUUUGAGGGUCGAUAUUCGCGCCGUUAAUUGCUUCCAUUUCACCACGUGUGUUGGAUGUCGGUGUUAUGAUUGCUAGACCAUCUGAUUCACCGACACUGGCGUUGGGAAGAUUGUUCACAAGUACGCUCCCCAUAAUGCUAAUUACUCGGCCUGGGCGAAGUCUCAGCACCGAGUAUGGAAAGGGAAGACCAUUGCAUUUUUAAUGGACUGAAGACCAGUAAAUCAUGGCUCAAUCAGCUCCCAGUUCAUGCGGUUGUAACCUCUUGGGAGAAUUUCGGUCUCGUUGAAUAUGAAUAAGUGGCCGGAUCUCGUUGAAUGAGCCGUAACUUUGGAACUGGCGUCAGUUCUCCGCACCGCUGGAGCGUGUUCGGCCAUUCGCGUUCGGAUUCGUCUUCUGGUUUCUCCGACAUAAUUGUCUUGUUCGCUACAGCACCAGAUCCGAUAAACGACUCCAGACUUUUCUUGCCAUGGCAGCGGGUCUUUCGGUUUCAUUACCUGACGCCUGAUGAUCGCCUUCGGUCUGUGUGCAACUACAACCACAAGUGGUGCGAGAAGGCAACUGACAGCUUCCAAAACGUUCUCGACAUACGGAAGCGCUCGCCAAAAUUUGAUGUCCGUGCGGUUUGGCCCUCCGUCGCUUUUGCGAAUGCACCGAUUGACGAAGUUUCGGGGGUAGCCAUUGGCUUUGAAAACCCGUCGGAGGUAUUGUAGAUCAGCAAUCUUGUCUUUCGGCUCACUGCAGUGUGUUUCGAAACGCUCUAACUGCUGAGAACCCGUACUCAUCAAAGGUAAAGUUCCGCAGUUGAUCUUCACUGUGUAAAGCGACUUCUAGUAACUUUCUGGGCGAGAAUCGAAGAAUCCAUGUUGGUUAGGAGAUCCUAGGUUUUCUGGUUGCCUUUUCCCUGGUGGUUUUGACUUAUAGCGUCAAAAUCCAAACUAAUUGCAUUGGUCUCUUUGCAUUCAGCAGGAAAAGUUUUCAACAAGUAUAACAAAAAGAGACAAUCUUAAAAGUUCUAACGGCUAUGUUGCCGUUCUACAUGGCAACUUCCGGCAUGAUUUUAGAUACAAAUUAAUUCUUUAUUUUUUCGCAACAGGGGUGCAAAGUCAGGUAUACUCUAAUGUUAGCAGCCAAAAUUCCUCGUUUCUCAUCCUUGCCCACCUACAUAUGUUAGGGUACAGAAAUGUGGAAAUUAGUAUUUGGCUCUAUUGAUAAACCGGUUGUUUCAUAAUAAUAAUAAUAAUAAUAAUAGUGUAUCUUAGGGUAAUAGGCAGUGUCCCUAAUGACACGGUACAUAAAAUAUAAAUGAUAAAUGUACAUCUUACUAAUAUUUUGUCAGUAACAUAUUUGUUCACGGAAAACGUUUCCAUAGUUCGGGACUGCGAAGGGUGCGGCAGGCGAUCUUCUCAGUGUACAUAUGACAUUUUAAGUGCAGUUAUAUACAAUCAGCGCAUCUUAGUGUAUUCUAAAUAUUUGGCUUGUUUCUUUCUACUGCGACCUUUAAAGAUGGAGUUGUCCACCGAAAACUUUGAUUAGAUGAUAACAAAAUGCCCCGUAACUAAUUCUAGAAUCUCAUUGGUAGCUUACUAAGGUUGCCAUAGGAAUGCGAAAUUGACCUGCAAAAAAACAUACAACUUGUCUGAUAAAUAAGUCUGUUAAAGAUAUUACCAUCUCAGAAUAUAGAUUCCUGGGUUAGGGAAUAUGUGUACUUUUAUGUUCUGCCGAAGAAAGUCUCCUUUCAUUGGAAGGAAGCAUUUUGGCACGACUAAUUUCAUAAAAUUACCCAGUUAUCGUUAAUUUCACUUUUUGCUUGCAAGUUGGUAUCCAAUCCUCACUGAGGAUAUUGUGAGGGAACACCUCAACGGAUGAUUUUUCGUUUCAUAGUUUUGCAACGUUUAUAAAAGUUCUGGCAACCUGAAAAUCACGUACUAUGUAUUGCACGUGUCGCUAGAGUUGCAGUAGAAACACAAACUAAUAAAUCUGUGGACUUUUACCGGAGCAAACAACUCGAAAAAUUUCAUUUUAAACUUUUAUAAAAUCCUACGGAAUAAAUCAUCUUUUCAUGAUAGCAGAAUUUUAAAAAAAUGUACAUGUUGAUCAUGAUAAAAUGUGUUUUAAAAAUAUUAACGAAAUUUUCCUUAAUUUUCUUUGCAGAUGCCGAGGCAGCAGAAAUGCUUUCUGAAGCAGAUAAGGAUGGGGACGGCCGUGUUACUUUCGAUGGUAGGCCUGCACAGUGAUCAUGUUUACAAACAAUUGCAUCGUUACUUUAACCUCAAUAAGUAGAUAUUAUCGGUAACUUUUCUUAUUGCAGAGUUUUCCACAAUUAUGUCUGAGCCGCUGACGGAGAAAAAGCCGGACGAACAAAGUUAA